GCUGGAUUUCAAAAAGCAAGGCUGCCUGUUCGCUAUUUGGGGGUCCCUCUAAUUGCAGGGAAGUUAUCUGCUAGUGAUUGUCGAGUUUUGGUUGAGAAAAUCACUAAGAGAAUAUCUGGUUGGAGGCCUAAGCUGCUUAGCUAUGCAGGUUUGGCAGGAUUUGCAACCAGCUAGGCCUAAAGUGGAUUGGUAUCAACUGAUUUGGGGGAAAUAUUCAAUCCCAAAACAUAGUUUCUUGAGCUGGGUAAUAACACGA